AUGGCAUUCCAGUACAAGCCGCUGCGAGUUGACGAGAUCCGGCUCCUUCGUCUCCGCGCUGGUCGAAAAGGCAGCCUAUGUUCCUUCGAGAUGGUACAUGUCUCUCUGCGCUCUCACCCGACAUAUGCAGCACUUUCUUACACCUGGGGCCCGCCGGGGGAUACUCACUCAAUACUUCUGAAUGGCACACAUUUUCGCAUCCGUCAAAAUCUGCAUGACGCCCUCGAACAGAUCACAUUGGCCUGGAAGCAGCAUGUUGGGUAUGGUGGAUACCUCUGGGUCGACGCCAUCUGUAUCAAUCAAGACCCUGUCGACACCAAAGCCCUUGACGAACGCGCCGUCCAGGUUGGCCAUAUGACCUCAAUUUACACCCAAGCCUCCAAAGUCCUCGUAUGGCUUGGGCUGCCGGCGAAUGACAUCGACAACAAAAUUGCAUUCCGCCUCAUGAAACGCUUCGAGAAGCGCUACCGGCAGAUAUUCGAUGUUCCCGGCUCGGAAACGUACCGAGGCUGGCUUGGCAUCAUCGCGCUGUGGCAGAAGCCCUGGUGGGUGCGGGCCUGGAUCUACCAAGAGGCCACGAUUCCGGAAAAA